AUGAUGGCCACUUACCCGAGCCCAGAGGAUGAGGCCAUGGCGCUGAUGGCGCACGAUACCAACUCGAGCUCGGAGAAGGAGCGGGUCAAAGAUGAACCGUUACCAGACAAGGGACCAGACAAGCCCGACCCUUCCCAGAAACCUCCAUAUUCCUACGUGGCGUUGAUUGCAAUGGCGAUACGGGACAGCUCGGAGAAGCGACUUACGCUGUCCGGGAUUUACCAGUAUAUCAUCAGUAAGUUCCCUUUCUACGAGAAGAACAAGAAAGGCUGGCAAAACAGCAUCCGUCACAACUUGUCACUCAACGAAUGUUUCAUCAAGGUCCCUCGCGAGGGUGGAGGGGAGAGGAAGGGCAAUUACUGGACCCUGGACCCCGCGUGCGAAGACAUGUUCGAGAAGGGAAACUACAGGCGACGGCGGCGCAUGAAGCGUCCGUUCAGGCCUCCGCCAACUCACUUUCAACCGGGGAAAUCUCUCUUCGGCGGUGAUGGUUACGGUUACCUGUCCCCGCCAAAAUACCUGCAAUCGGGGUUCAUCAACAACUCCUGGUCCCUUGCGCAGCCCCCAGCACCUAUGCCCUAUACCUCGUGCCAGAUGGCAAGUGGGAACGUGAGCCCGGUGAACGUGAAGGGCUUGUCCGCACCUUCCUCUUACAACCCUUACACCCGCAUGCAGAGCAUGGCUCUCCCUGGCAUGGUGAACUCUUAUAACGGCAUGAGCCACCACCACCAUCACACGCACCCUCACGCACACCCACACGCCCAGCAGCUCAGUCCCGCCGCCGCCGCGCAGCCGCCAGUAUCCUCCGGUAAUGGGACCGGAUUGCAGUUCGCCUGUUCCCGUCAACCAGCAGAGCUUUCCAUGAUGCACUGCUCAUACUGGGAGCAUGACAGCAAACACUCUGCGCUGCACACGCGGAUCGACAUUUAG